AUGGCUCCAAGCCUCCCUCAGUUCUCGGCCGCGCGCAUGCGCUCAUAUGUCUUCCGACUUCCUCUUUUUACAAGGGCGAUUAUUGCUAUCAUAACAUUGUUAUGGCUUCUUAGCAUGCAAUCUGUAUGGAAUGUGCAGCAAUGGGGAGCAUUAAUACCUAAAGAAAUAGGGUUGGCAUCCAUGUAUCGAACGAAUACUUUCCCACUCGUACAUAACGGAUUCUUUCAUACCUUUAUAAACGUUUUUGCUCUCACGCCUUUGCUGGAGAGAUUCGAGGCGGAAUAUGGGACUCUUACUACUUUGGCGCUUUUUGUUGGACCUUUGUCGACAAUUCCAGCACUAUUGUAUACGUUGAUUGAAAGGGGGCUCCUUGGAUUAAACACUACUGUACUCGGUUCCAGUAUAUGGGUUUUUACAUUACUCGCUAUGGAAGCUGUAAAAACAUAUAAGACAAAUCCCUCCUUCCAAAUAGGAACUGUGAAAGUACCUACUUGGACUACGCCACUGAUCAUCGUGGUUUUCACAUCCGUUUUAAUACCUAACACCAGCUUUUUGGGCCAUCUUUGUGGACUCGCUUUCGGCUAUGGAUGGGGCCUCGGAUAUCUGAAAUUUCUUGCACCACCGGAAUGGGCUCUCAGAUGGAUUGAGGGAAAGCUUAACCUACUUGGGAGGUUGCCACAUUAUGUAUCUGUCGACCAGAAAACUUACGGGAGGUUCGGCGUUCUUCCAACCACGAAUACCUCAAAUAUAACAAUACCGCGCGACGGUGGCCUAGAGAUGGGACUCCAAGGAAGCACGCAGCGGUUAGGUCCAUAG